UCGAUUGCAACUUGUUUUUGUUGGACCAACGUUGCCUGUGCUAUUUGUUAUUAGCACCGACUAGCCCAUUGCUUUAUUAUAAAGAAAAAGACAUUGCCAAAAUGCGUGAACAGCCGUUAAACGAGGUUACACAACUGAUACACGCCGUCAAAAUGGGCUUAGUGGAAGGUUCCUACAGCAUUACCAACAAGACGCUGGACAUCUUCAAGUACAUAAUUAUGAGCAAAACCUGGCAAAAUGCAGACGCACUCAUGCAAAUUGUGCGCGCCCAGUCACGAAUAAUGCAGGCGGCACUGCCACAAGAGACUGUCACUUCGAACAUGGCACGCCGCAUACUUAAACUGACGCGUGAGGAAUUCGAGCUGCUCCAGGCAAAAGGUCAGCAUUUUGCCGACGACUCACAGGCUUCUCUUUCGCUACACAAGCUGGUCACGCAGACCAGCGAGAAUUGCGUCAGCGUGGACUACUCAGUGCCGCAGCAGGGGCUGCGUGAAGCUCUGCUUGAUCAUUUGCAGGAGGUUGAAACUGAACUGGAAACCAGCUCUGAGAACAUAAGUGUUCAGGCAGAGGAGCACAUACACUCCUCUGAAAUAAUACUCACGCUUGGACACUCGCGCAGCGUCGAAAACUUUCUCAAGCGAGCCAUCAAGAAGCGACAGUUUCUUACUAUCAUCGUAGCCGAGUGCGCUCCAGCCUGUCGGGGACACAACUUAGCUGCAUCCUUGGCCCAUGAGAAGAAUGUGGAGAUUAUUGUAAUACCGGAUGCGUCCAUAUUCGCGAUGAUGUCGCGCGUCAACAAGGUCAUCAUUGGCACACACAGCGUUCUAGCCAACGGCGGACUGCGGGCCGCAUGUGGCGCCUACACAGUUGCCCUGGCUGCCAAGCAUUACUCAGUGCCGGUCAUUGUGCUAGCGCCCAUGUACAAGCUCUCACCUUUGCACUUGUGUGAGCAGGAUGCUUUUAAUAUGGUUGGCUGCGCUGAGGAUGUGAUUGCAUAUGACUCUGUGCCGGCGCGCGAUGCCAAGGUGUACAGUCCCAUGUUUGACUAUGUGCCACCCGAAUUGGUCACGCUCUUCAUAUCAAAUACCGGCGGUCAUGCUCCCUCCUAUGUUUACCGUUUGCUCUCAGAGCUCUAUCAUCCCGAGGAUCUGGAACUUUAAAACACUUUGUUCAACUCAUUGUAAAUUAUAUAUUUAAACCCACAUAGACUGGACAACAAUAACAACUACAUCAACAAGAAAUAAAAUAGUAACUGUGCUCAA